UUAAAACGAGUUUUUGGUUCAGGAAUUUCUUGAAUUCCCGAUCUGCCAAAUUAGGGUUUCGGAGUAUCCGGAAGCCGGAUUGAGCCCAAAUUUCAUAUACGAGUUUCUUGCAGCGAGGUAAUCAAUCCCCUAGUUCUAAUCCCUGAAUUUCGGCUAUUAUUUAGGCCGGGGUCCAAACCGCUGAAUUUAGCUCCGGCCAGGGUUUGAUGUGUUUUUAUCGAGAAUUUGACCCGGAGCCUAGAACUAAUAUUGACGGGGAUACUGCAGGGGAUAUUAGGACGGUCUCGGAUUUUAAUUCGGGGUUCGUUCGUGAAAUUGACGUUUUAGUACGGGAAGCUUAAACCGGUGUUUGAACGACCAGAACUGGUGAGGGAUUAGCACGGCAUACCGGGUUUGUCGUAUCACGAUAAUUAUAUUAAUGCUUAGAAUUGACCUAGGUGAACUAGAAUGGCAUGAUUAGGGGUGUAUGGACUUUUGUGCUAUAUGAUAAACCCUGGACUGUUGUAUGAUAUUAUUGACUUGCCCUAAUCGAUAUGAACCUUGUUUAUGUGGAUGAUUGCAUACAUGUUGCCAUUUGUGGCUUAACUAUUGAUAUGACUUCAUGGUUGUUCGAUAAGGGGUUUUGACAUGGUAUGAUAUUAUGGUUGUAUUUGGAUCCAUAAGUGGGGGAAUAAACUUCCCAGGGUGAUAUUAUGAUGUUUUAAGGAGGAUGACUUGCACGAGGGUUUAUCCCGAGGAAGUGCAAUUAUACGACUCCUGAUUUACCUAUGUUGAGCCAAUUAUGGUCAGGUCAAGUACAUGUGUAAGUAAUGAAUUAUGGUUAAGCAAGAUGAGAUAUGAAUCAUGUACAGGGAUACCAAAUAUGAAUGUUGUGGUCUCAUGGUCAAUUACGUAGUAAUUAGGGCUCCCUAUGCUAUUACUCUAUUAUGAUAUGUAUGAUAGUCACACCUCUCAUGUGGUGGUGACUGAAGAAUUCUUAUGAGAUAUGACCACACCCAGAGCGGUGUCGGGGUAUGACUACACCCAUAGUGGUGUGGGGUAUGUAUGACCACAUCCGACGGGAUGUUGGGGUAUGUAUGACUACAUCCGACGGGAUGUGGGGUAUGUUUCCCGGGAGAGUUAUUAGCAUGGGAGUAGCCAGGCGCCUAUGAUUAAAACAUGAUAAGAUGCAUAUGCAUAAGUCAAGGUGGUUGAGUCUUUUGCCUAUUGGGAUAUGAGGAUGGCUGAGGUCCGAUCCUAGUGUUUUGGUUUGAUUGUUAGAUGUAUGAUAGGGGUAUGCUCUGUUAUGAACUCACGAUGCUAUGAUUAUCUCACUCAGCUAUGAGCUGACCCUCUUUUAUUCUUCUUCUCUGCUUAUGCUAUGUGUAAGCAGAUCAUCAGCAGCAGCAGUAGAUAAGUGUUAGGUGGGAGAGGAGCUAGAGUUGAAGCCAGGAUGAGGUAUGGUCUUCAACUAUUCUGUGCUUGGACUACUACUUGGGAUUUUGGCCAGUGAUCCACACCUUUUUGUAAAAAUGUUUUGAGAACGUUUUUCAUGUGCAUACUAGCUUCUGAUGUAGUGUGAGAUAUCCACAGGUGUGGAAAGUUGAUGAUAUGUGUAUAUUUUUGUAAUUAUGUAAGUUGUGACGAUUAUGGCUUGUAUCAGUAUAGUAUGCAGUUGUGUAGUAUGAAACUGUGACUUUGGCUAUGAAAGCCAAUACUUAUGGUUGUGAGUAUAUAUGUUGUGAUGAAUUAUUUUGCAGGAUAAGUUGCAAGAACUGUUAGCCCAUUACGCGAGUAAUUCAUGUCGAAAUUUUAUCUAGGUAAAUUUUGAUAAUUAAUGUAACACCCGAGAUUAAUUCCACUGCAAUUGUAUGAAAAAUAUGAUUAGGCAAAACGUAUUGGGUAGGGUGUUACAGUUUGGUAUCAACUUUCCACACCCGUGGAUAUCUCACACUACAUCAGAAGCUAGUAUGCACAUGAAAAACGUUCUCAAAACAUUUUUACAAAAAGGUGUGGAUCACUGGCCAAAAUCCCGAGUAGUAGUCCAAGCACAGAAUAGUUGAAGACCAUACCUCAUCCUGGCUUCAACUCUAGCUCCUCUCCCACCUAACACUUAUCUACUGCUGCUGCUGAUGAUCUGCUUACACAUAGCAUAAGCAGAGAACAAGAAUAAAAGAGGGUCAGCUCAUAGCUGAGUGAGAUAAUCAUAGCAUCGUGAGUUCAUAACAGAGCAUACCCCUACCAUACAUCUAGCAAACGAGCCAAAACACUAGGAUCGGACCUCAGCCAUCCUCAUAUCCCAAUAAGCAAAAGACUCAACCACUUUGACUUAUGCAUAUGCAUCUUAUCAUGUUUUAAUCAUAGGCGCCUGGCUACUCCCAUGCUAAUAACUCUCCCGGGAAACAUACCCCACAUCCCGUCGGAUGUAGUCAUACAUACCCCAACAUCCCGUCGGAUGUGGUCAUACAUACCCCACACCACUAUGGGUGUAGUCAUACCCCGACACCGCUCUGGGUGUGGUCAUAUCUCAUAAGAAUUCUUCAGUCACCACCACAUGAGAGGUGUGACUAUCAUACAUAUCAUAAUAGAGUAAUAGCAUAGGGAGCCCUAAUUACUAUGUAGUUGACCGUGAGACCACAACACUCAUAUUUGGUAUCCUUGUACAUGAUUCAUAUCUCAUCUUGCUUAAUCACAAUUCGUUACUUGCACGUGUACUUGACCUGACCAUAAUUGGCUCAACAUAGGUAAAUCAGGAGUCGUAUAAUUGCACUUCCUCGGGAUAAACCCUCGUGCAAGUCAUCCUCCUUAAACAUCAUAAUAUCACCUUGGGAAGUUUAUUCCCCCACUUAUGGAUCCAAAUACAACCAUAAUAUCACACCAUGUCAAAAACCCUUAUCGAACAACCAUAAAGUCAUAUCAACAGUUAAGCCACAAAUGGCAACAUGUAGGAAAUCAUCCACAUCAACAAGGUUCAUAUCGAUUAGAGCAAGUCAAUAAUAUCAUACAGUAGUCCAGGGUUCAUCAUAUAGCACAAAAGUCCAUACACCCCUAAUCAUGCCAUUCUAGUUCACCUAGAUCAAUUCUAAGCAUCAAUAUAAUUAUCGUGAUACGACAAACCCGGUAUGCCGUGCUAAUCCCUCACCAGUUCUGGUCGUUCAAACACCGGUUUAAGCUUCCCGUACUAAAACGUCAAUUUCACGAACGAACCCCGAAUUAAAAUCCGAGACCGUCCUAAUAUCCCCUGCAGUAUCCCCGUCAAUAUUAGUUCUAGGCUCCGGGUCAAAUUCUCGAUAAAAACACAUCAAACCCUGGCCGGAGCUAAAUUCAGCGGUUUGGACCCCGGCCUAAAUAAUAGCCGAAAUUCAGGGAUUAGAACUAGGGGAUUGAUUACCUCGCUGCAAGAAACUCGUAUAUGAAAUUUGGGCUCAAUCCGGCUUCCGGAUACUCCGAAACCCUAAUUUGGCAGAUCGGGAAUUCAAGAAAUUCCUGAACCAAAAACUCGUUUUAAAGCUCUAAAUCGAUAAAUCACGAUGUAUAGAUGAAUUAGACAUUACUUACGGGAUUUUUGGAUCACUAGGGCUCAAGAUUUUGAGCUUUGGAAUUUUGUUGUUAUGGCGUACUAUACCCUAUGGGAGGUUAAACACUCCUAAGGAGGGGAGUGCCCCAUAAUGACUUAAACUGGGAAUUGAGUUUGACAUGAUUAUGUGUAUUGGUAUAUUGGAUGAAAUUAUCUGCAUCAUGGUUUUCAAAAUUGAGUUUUUAAUGUAUUUGUUUUCAAGUAAUUAUUUAGGGAAAAUUUUGUUUUAACCAAGUGAGAGAUUUGGUGAAGAAUGAAUUUUGUGUGGAUCAAUCUAAGGCCAAUAUUUCCUUGUAGCUCGCACGGAAGUUGUGAAAAUGUUCCUACUGACCAGUCGAGAGGAGUGGGGGCGGUUGAUGCAAGACCGCCAGUAUUAGAUUAUGCAAGAUGGAAGAGUUAUCGCAUAUGCCUCUAGGCAAUUGCGUCCUCAUGAAGUAAAUUAUCCCACUCAUGACUUAGAAUUGGCAGCGGUGGUAUUUGCUCUCAAGAUUUGGCGACAUUAUUUGUAUGGUGAGACUUUUAAAAUUCUAACUGAUCACAAAAGCUUGAAGUAUAUUAUGGAUCAGAAGGAUUUAAAUAGUCGCCAGAGGAGAUGGAUAGAGUUGUUAAAAGAUUAUGAUUGUACCAUUGAUUACCAUCCAGGUAAAGCUAAUGUAGUUGCUGAUGCUCUGAGCAGAAAGGGGAAGAAGAAUAUAAAUGAUCUGGUUGAUUUGAGGGCAAUGAAUGUGGAUUUGGAAGUGGAUGGUGUAACAGGGUUACUAGCUCGGUUGAACAUUCGACCUUUGUUGCAUGACAAAAUUCGUGAGAAGCAGAAGGAGGACCCAGAGUUGGUAAAAAUCAUUCAAGACAUUGGGGAAGGAAAAGAAAGCCCAUUUGAAAUGGUAGAUGGCAUGUUGAAGAUUAAUGGAAGAGCAUGUGUUCCUAAUGUUGAUAACUUGAGGAAAGAGAUCCUAGAUGAAGCUCAUUCUUCUGCUUAUGCUAUGCACCCAGGAGCAACUAAAAUGUAUCACACGAUCAAACCAUAUUUUUGGUGGCGUGGGAUGAAAAAGGAAGCGGCUGAACAUGUUUUCACAUGUCUAGUAUGUCAGAAAGUUAAGGCAGAACAUCAAGCUCCCGUGGGAAAACUGCAACCACUUCCAAUUCCAGAAUGGAAGUGGGAAAGAAUCACAAUGGAUUUUGUAUAUGGUCUCCCAUUAUCAAGGGGAAAAGAUGCAGUAUGGGUUAUUGUGGACCGACUGACCAAAUCGGCUCACUUUUUACCCAUUAGAUGGAAACCAUCACUGGAGACUUUGUCUCAACUAUAUAUUAAGGAGAUCGUCAGAUUGCAUGGUGUGCCAAUUUCUAUUGUCUCUGAUCGAGACCCGAGCUUCACAUCUCGGUUUUGGCAAAGUUUACAUGAUGCCUUGGGAACUAAACUGCAUUUUACUUCAGCUUAUCAUCCUCAAACAGAUGGGCAGAGUGAACGAACCAUCCUAACUUUGGAGGAACUACUUCGAUCAUGUGUAAUGCAAUGGGAAGAAUCAUGGAUUGACCAUUUGCCCUUAAUUGAGUUUGCUUACAACAACCAGUACCAUAGUAGUUUGGGUGUUCCACCAUAUGAAGCACUUUAUGGGAGGAAGUGUAGAACACCAUUAUGUUGGGAUGUAGAAGGAGCAAGGCAAAUCUCAGGGCCAGAGAUAGUCCAGAUCACAGUUGACAAGGUCAAGAAAAUCAGGGAGCGGUUGAGGGUGGCUCAAGAUCGACAGAAAGUUUAUGUUGACACGAGUAGGCGUGAAUUUAAUUUCGAAGUGGGUGAGAAAGUAUUUCUCAAAGUGUCACCAUGGAAAGGGGUGAUGAGAUUUGGUAAGAAAGGAAAGCUUGCACCUCGAUAUAUUGGGCCAUAUGAAAUCACAGAGAAGAUUGGACCAGUGGCUUAUAAGUUGGCAUUGCCUCCAGAACUAUCUCAAAUCCACAAUGUAUUUCAUGUGAGUAUGCUGAAGAGGUACAAAGUGGAUCCUUCCCAUGUUAUACAACCAGAAGAGAUCGAGUUGGGUUCAGAUUUGACAUUUGAAGAGGUUCCAGUUGAGAUUAUUGAUUACCAGAUUAAGAAUCUUCGUAGGAAGGAAAUCCCAAUGUUGAAAGUGGUUUGGAGAAAUCAAGAAAGUGAGAGUGCUACCUGGGAAACUGAAACAAGUAUGCGAGAGAAGUACCCUGAGUUAGUAGCAACCUACUUUGCAGGUUAACAAUCUUGCCUAAUAAGUUAUGUUUUGAACUUGCUGAUGUGCUUUUGUUGUGAUAGCCCAGUACAGGUUUUUGAAACCUAAACGUGGGAACUUGAGGUGUUAUGUGUUACUUUCUAUGUUAUAAAUCGCCUAACCUAAGAGUUAGGUAAUGACUUUAUAUAUAUAUAAUUAAUACGUAUACUUAUCCGAUCGAUCGAUAAUCCGAUUUUCGUCGAAAUAGUGUCGAAAUGCUCGAUUUUAAAUCGCGAACUUUCUAGCGAUCGAAAUACGAUUUUAGCCGAAACGGGAUGUUACAAUUCUCCCCUCCUUAAAAGAUUUCGUCCCCGAAAUCUAACCUUGAGUCGUACUCUAACUCCUCUUACUUACCCUUAACAUGGUCUAUCAUACAUAAAGUCAUAUAUAUAUAAUUAAUACGUAUACUUAUC